CGUAGCAGCAGCUGCCGCCUCACGCCUUGGCAGCCGACACGGGUCUCGCUCGCAUUCCCGCAACGGGACACCAGCCGAGCGUUUGGCAGCUCGCAUCGCGCCUUUCGACCAUUGUAGGAACCGUUGCCGCUGCUGCUACCGUGCGACGGCAGCAGGCAGGCGGCGGCCCACCGUCGUCGUCUCGUCCGUGCGGGCCCACGUGGUCGGCGCCGACGUCCUCGACCCCGCGAGCGGCCUCGGGCGGAUGCAUGGCCGUUGCAGCGUGCUCCCACCGGCCGCCGGCGCCCAGGAAGCCCAGACGACGUGCCUCAGUCACGAAGCGUGGAUGGGCGCCGCUGUUCGCCGCUCCCCGCCGUCGUCGGUGUCGUGUGCGAAUCGUGUUGUGACUCGUGUUGUGACGCGGCGACCAUGUGGUGGUGCGAGGCCGCGGGCGGCCGCGACCUGACGCCCCCGUCCGGAUGCCGGUCGGCGGUGCUCAAAGGAGGCGCCCCCUGGGGAUUCCAGCUGCAGGACAGGACGCCUGGAGGACUGCCCGCCGUUGUUGUGUCCCAGGUGGAUCCCGGAGGAAAGGCCGAGACCGAAGGUCGCAUUCGGGUGGGCGACCUGGUGCUAUGCGUGAACGAGGUACCAUGCUCUCGCGCCGAUCAGGCCAGACAGCUGGUGGACAGCGCGUUCAGCACGCUCACGCUGCUCGUUUGGAGAAGGAACGGCGAGUCACCGCCGUCGUCGGGCGGCGGCUCCACCCGGGAGAGCCUCUGGCAGAAGGCCUCCUCGCUGCGCCAGUCGCUGAGGGGUCGCAGCAGCCGCCACGAUGGGACUCCCGGCUCCAGCGGUGGCUCCUCCAACCGGCGUCCGGCCUCGCUCUACCUGGCCGACUCGUCCUCGUCCUCGCGAUGCUCCAAAUCGCGUCAGUCACUGCGCCGCGAGUGGGGCUCCCAGCGGGACCUGUCGCGCGAAAAACGCCAUGCCGCAGCCUCCGCCGCCGCACUGGCGCAUCCCCCGUCGGCCUCCCAACAGCCCCAGCACCAGCAGCAACAGUCGUGCGACGGCGGCUCGGACCACGAGCCGGACACCGCGUGGUCCUCCACCUGGACCCUGCCGGACAGCACGAGCGGAAGCGUGCCUCUGCCACCUAAGCAGCGCUCGCCGCGCAAGUUGACCAAGGACUCCGGUUACGAGACCAGCGGUGGUGGAGGAAAUCACGGAGAGCCCGACUACGUAAACAGGGAGUGGGUGUCCCGCGUGCCCAGUCCGCCGCCAACGACGUCCGGCCAGACGUCGGGCACCGCGUCGGGCCCGCCCAGCAUCGGCCCAACUAGUCCCGUCGGCGCUGGCGGUUCUACGCCCUGGACACCGGGCUCCGGCAAUCCCGGCGCUGGCGCCAGGGACACUUGUCGGGAAACCGGCGAUGACGCUGGAGGUUCGAGGGGCUGCUUCACAACGGGCGAGUCGCUAAGGUCGCCAGGAGGAGGAGGAAACUCACUACCAGCAUCCGGUGACGAUGACGACAUGGUGACGCGACGCUUCAAGAAGGGCACCGUGUACAGCGCUCUGGCCAGCCAGAGCGGCCUGGACUUCUCUCCGGUCGUGCUUCAGGCGACGAGGCCCAGCUGGAGCGAGCGCGCUCAGAUCGGUGGCGCCGAAGACGACUCCAGGGUCCCGCCUCCGCCACCGCCACCGCUGAAGGAGAGGAAGCCUGCGCCGGCGCCCUCGCACGAGAAGUAUCCGUCGUGGCCAGUCACUCCAGCAGCGCCGGCGACGUCGACGGCUUGCCGGUCCAAGUCAUGGACGCAGGAGACAGACUAUCCCAAGGAGAAGUCUCAGGGUUAUGCCAGGCCCAAGAAAAGCUUUAAGAUCUCCACACAGCAGCUACAGCCGGUGCUGGAACGUGCCUGCGAACCAGGAGCGAAGAAGGCGCCGGCAUCGUCUUCCAUUUCAGAAGACAGUGGAGGUGGCGUGUCGAGUGCCAACGACGUAUGUUUCUCGGCCGAGCUUGCAAAGUCGAGUGAAUGCAGCGCGGACGCCUACCUGAGCAAGUACGACGAGUUCCUGAGACAAUACCAACGCUGGAGCGAGGCUCCCUUCCUGCAGAGACUGUACCAGGAAGGCGAGAGGGACGGAUGGCCGCGAGCCACCGAUGCGCCGCAGUUGGGCAGUGAGUCGGCCUGCGACUCGCUCGGCUCCAGCGGUGGCUCCAGCCAGGACACACUCAAGUGGCACGGCUCGUACAGCGACUUGAGCGCCUUCUCGGCGUCUAACGGCUCCUCGCUCUUCGACAGUGGUCACUCGACGUUGCCGGACAGCGGUCGCCUGUCGCCGCAGUCCUCCUGCGAUGGUAGCCUCGCCGAUGGCAGCCAGAGACUCGUAUCGCCCAGCCAAGCGGCAGUGGCGCGCAGUGCACGCGUGCUGCAGCCGAAGCGGCACGAGUCCGAAAGCGUGCUUUACUAUGCGCCCUGCGAGGCACAGCGCAACAAAACGCACCAGUCUUCUCGACCCAGUGAAUGCUCGCGCGUGGCGCAACUAAAGGCCGCCUUCGACCCUCCUUGCUCAAUGACCGCUCACUCUUCAUCCAGCCGGAAAGAACCGCCAAAAAUGUUGUUCCUGGAUCCGGAAAAGAAGCAUCGGGUCUCCGAUCCCGAAUUGAAAGCCAUACAAAAGCAGGCGGUGUUGUCCUUCUACAAACGCCAGACGUCUCAAGACUCCAAGAACUGCGGCCACAGCGGCAGCAGCAGUGGCAGCAGGAACAGGACACUGCCGCGGAUUCCUUCAUCGGCGAAAUGGUCCGCAGCUGUGUCUGAACCUUCCUCGAGUCAGCCGCCAUCUCUGACCACGACGGUCAACUCGGUGACGUCUGCAAAGUCUCCCGAUGCGAAAGAGAAGCCUGAUGCACCCUGGAGAGGCCCGCGGAGCUGGUCGGUACCAGACAUCACGCAGCAACUGAGCGUGGCACCGAAGGCGCCGUGGGGUCCCGUGGUCGCGGCGACGUGCAAGUCGCUCGCAGAGACAUCGAGCAGGCGUUCUUGCGACGGUGCGCCUGUAAGCCGGACUUCGUCGGUGAACUGCAGGUCGUCCGCCGACGUGCCGCCUCUCAAGAAGCAACUCUCUGUGGCUGUGCCCAAGGACUCGCAUCAGACAUCGAGAAGUAGUGAACAUUCUUUUACCGCAAGCAACGCGCCAAAGUUCGCGUCUUCUUCUCAGCCAGUAGUCAGCGGAUCGGAUCAACAGGUUGUUCAGGAGGACCACGCCCAAAUCGAAACCGAAGUCAAGGACGAUGUCAGUGCGGAGAGCCGGCGAGACUCGCAUUCCCUGAGGCCAUCUGUGAGCGGAGGACGCAAAGCUCAGCUUCGCGAAGUGCGGCUACCGGACCGGGGCACACCCGCCCUGCAGCUACUCACCUCCGAAGGUGUAACGCUCGCCGUUGCUCCUGCUGCCAGCCGCAACACUUCUCCCACGGACACCAGGGGAGGAGGCGCGACUGGGUCGGACAGCGUGGUCGACAUGGUGCCUCAGCUGAGCAAGCCCGUCGACCGGAGGGCGCAGCAGGACAAGCUUCUCGACAGAGCUCCCGAGAAGCUACUCGAAUCGAGAGUGGCUAACAACAAUAACAACACCAUUAACAAUAACAGCAACAACAAUAACAAUGCGGGCGGCAGUCCCGUCACCGCUGCCGUGACGCAGCACGGCCGGAGAUCCGAAGUCAUCACGGCGCUUUCGGGCCACAAAGAAUCACUCCAGUGCAUCUGGCGCUGCAGGCCAGGAGCGGACACCACGAAAGGAGUCAAGACAGAGGCAACAGCCCGCUAG